ACUCGGCGCGCAACGGCUCCGCCUGGGAGUAAGAGGCGCACAGUGCGCAGGUGCCGAGACUGCUGCGGGUUGCGGGUGUCGAGGCUCUGGCGGCCAUGGGGAUUCUUCUGCGGCGGCUGUGCCGAGUCCUUCCAGGCGUGCUCGGAGAAAGUUAACGCCGAGAGAGAGGCUGCAGAAUACGGGACUCGCCGCUCCGCAAGCCCCAGUGCCUGGUUCUUUACUCAUUUCCUCCGCGGCGCUCAGCUCCAGCCGCAGGCAUCUGCUCUGGAAGCCUUAGUUGAACCCAGGCUCCCCUAGUUUCCUCUUGUUACAGCAAAGUAUGAAACAGCUUGUAGUCCCUGAUCUAUGUCGCAGAGUAUAGUAGUAAUCUGUUACAUAGCAAUCACCCCAAAGUUUAGCAGCUUGAAACAACACAGGUGAAGUGUCCCUCAGGUUCCGGACGUCAGGGAUUUGGGCAUGGCGUUGCUGGGUGGUUCUGUCUUGGUUUCUCCUGAGAUUCCAGUCAAGAUGUAGGCCAAGGCUGCAGCAGGCCGGACAACCUGCUUGCUGGAUAGCUCACUCACCUGAGUGUCGGCGGGAGGCCUGUUUCUCACAGCAUGGACCUCCCUACAGGGUGAAUUGAGUGUCCCCAUGACUUGGCAUUUGGCUUCUCUCACAACACGUGGUCCCCAAGAGAGCAAAGCAGAAGCCACAGUGUCUUUUGUGAUCAAGCCUCAGAAGUCACAUACCAUCACUACUGUUAUUCCAGACAACCCUUCAGUGUGGGAGGAUCAACCCAAACGUAUGAAUACCAAUAGACAGGGAGCGCUGGGAGCCACCCGGGAGGCCGACUACCAUGGAGAGUCUGACAAUGCUGAUAACGAUUAUAACUUAGAUGAGAGAGAGGGAAUCGUCAAAUUUCAUCCUUGUCCGAGAGCCACUGUCCAAAUCAUUAUGAAGGAGUCCAAUGGAGUUUCCUACCAGUAGGUGGCAGUACUGGUCCACUUCCUGAUCUUCCUUGGGCAUAACCAUCGGCAUGGAAGAAGUCAUCCAAACACAGGGGUUUAGAAGGGUCCUGGAAGAGAACCAGAACAUCCACAAGGCACCACCAAGAUUUAAGCCUCAUCUAAUCAACUCCAUGUGGACAGGGAAUCUGUCUUUUUUACUGAAGAGGUCCUUGCCCAAUAUUUGUGGACUGAAUGAGGGGAAUCUGUAAUGACUGACAAUAAAUGAUUCAAUGAAGAAAGUGUCUUCAGGCUUGUGUCACCAUUGGUGAUGGUAUCUGCGGGCGGGGCCUUUACGAGGUGCUCAAGUCACGAAGGUGGAAUCCUCAUGAAUGGGACAGAUGCCGUGUAAAAGAGGCUCCAGAGAGAUCCCUGGCUCCUGCCACUGUGUGAGGACACAGCCAGAAGGCGCUGGCUGUGAACCAGGAAGAUGUGAUCAUGCAGGCUCCUUAAUCUUGGACUUCCUGCCUCCAGAACAGUGAGCAGUGUCUGUUGUUUGUACACGAUAGCAGCCCCAACCGGCUGAUGUUCAACUUCUUUUUUUCCACCAGAUCCUAUCAAGCAGCUGAGUUCAAGGCUCAAGUGGAGAACACAUAGCUUCAGAGGCAGAAGGAGUCGAAGGUGCUCUCCAGCUUUGAACACUUCCCCUACUUGAGAUGCAUACAAAGGCAGUCCAACUCCUCUGGGGAUGUUUCUUCCUGUGGAAUCUCUACAUCUCAUCCGCCCAGGCCGUUUACCCUGGCAUCAAGGCCAGGGUUACUCAGCAGGCUCUGGACUAUGGUGUUCUAGCUGGGAUGGAGAUGAUUGAGCAAAUGGUUAAGGAAAAAAAUAUCCCAGACCUAGAAGGUUCUGAAUCUCUGGAAUUUCUGAAGGUUGAUUAUGUGAACUACAAUUUUUCAAACAUAAAAAUCCAUGCCUUCUCAUUUCCAAAUACUUCAUUAGCCUUUGUGCCUGGGGUGGGAAUCAAGGCCCUGACCAACCACGGUACCGCCAACAUCAGCACCGACUGGGAAGUCAAGUCUCCGCUCUUCCAAGACACAGGAGGAGCUGAUCUGUUUCUCUCUGGUGUCUUCUUCACCGGUAUCAUUGUCCUGGCCCGCAACGACUUUGGUCACCCAAUCAUGAAGCUCCAAGACUGUUACGCCCAAGUGAGCCACGCCCACGUGUCAUUUUCCGGAGAACUCAAUGUCCUGUACAACUCCUUUGCUGAACCCAUGGAGAAACCCAUUUUAAAGAACUUAAAUGAAAUGCUCUGUCCCAUUAUCAUGAGUGAGGUGGGAGCCCUGAACGCCAACCUCAGCAUGCUGGAGGUUUUAACCAAGAUUGACAACUAUACUCUCCUGGACUACUCCCUAAUCCAUUCUCCAGAGAUAACUGAGAAUUACAUGGAGCUGAAUUUGAAGGGCGUAUUCUACCCCCUGGACAACCUCAGCGACCCCCCCUUCUCACCAGUUCCUUUUGCACUGCCAGAACGCCAUGACUCUAUGCUCUAUAUUGGAAUCUCCGAGUUUUUCUUCAAAUCUGCAUCCUUUGCCUACUUUACAGCUGGGGCCUUCAAUGUCACUCUCUCCAUGAAAGAGAUUUCCAGCCAUCUGGUUCAAAACUCUCAAGGCCUUGGCAAUGUGCUCUCCCGGAUCGCAGAGAUCUACAUCCUGUCCCAGCCCUUCAUGGUACGGGUCAUGGCAACGGAGCCUCCUGCAGUCAAUCUGCUGCCGGGCAACUUCACCCUGGACAUCCCUGCCUCCAUCGUGCUCCUCGCCCAGACCGAGAACUCAACUGUGGAAACCAUCGUGUCCAUGGACUUUGUUGCUAGCACCAGUGUUGGCCUGGUUAUUUUGGGACAAAGACUGGUCUGCUCAUUAUCUCUGAACAGAUUCCGACUCUCUUUGCCAGAGUCCAAUCGCAGCAAUAUUGAGGUCUUGAGGUUUGAGAACAUUCUGUCCUCUAUUCUCCACUUUGGAAUCCUCCCACUGGCCAAUGCAAAAUUGCAGCAAGGAAUUCCCCUGCCCAACCCACACAAAAUCUCUCUUGUCAACUCCGAUGUUGAAGUUUUUGCGGGAUUCCUUUUGAUCUCCACCGACCUCAAGUAUGAAACGUCCUUAAAGCAGCAGCCAAGUUUCCAUGGUUGGGAAGGUCUGAACCUCAUAAGUGGACAGUGGAGGGGGAAGCCCGCCGCUUGAUUGCUUGUUUGGAGCCCACCCCAGGCGGCCAGUGGCCCUUAAUCCACAGCUACUGUAAGCCCAGAAGGGGAGGACAGUGCACGCUGGAUUGUAAAGCCCUGUGAAGUGCUUAGGCUGGCAGUUUUCCUUCUCGAGCCCUCAGGGACAGAGGGAGGCAA